CUCGAAUAUUUGUGACACUAGACAUAUUGUCUUCUGCAUACGAUCGCAGCAAUGGCGGAACGACGAGAUGAUAUCACGGUCAUUCCACCGUCACCGAUACACGAUGAGCAGCAACCCCUGCUCGGAGGAGAUGGCGCGCAACAGGAUCAUGGAACUAUUGACAGAGAUGCUGUUGGUGGACAAGAGGAGGGUGGAGAAGAUGUUGUUGAAGAGUCCAUGACUACAAAGGUGCUGGUUAUCAUGUUGUGUCUUUGGGUAGGCAGUUUCUGGGCUGCCAUGGACUCUACGAUUGUCGCUACUCUUGCCUCACCUAUCAGCCGAAACUUCCACUCGUCAACACUGCUCUCAUGGAUUGCGACCGGAUACCUCAUUGCGAACGCCGCAUUCCAACCUCUUUCGGGAAAGAUGUCGGACAUUUAUGGAAGAAAGGCUGGAAUCAUAUUCGCGAGCAGCUUCUUUGCUAUUGGUACCUUGAUCUGUGGGUUGGCUCAGAAUGCUCCCAUGAUGAUCUUCGGUCGUGUUGUUGCUGGUACUGGAGGAGGUUGUCUCAACACCAUUUCCACCUUCAUCGCCAGUGAUUUGAUCCCUCUUAGAAAGCGCGGACUCUGGCAGGGCUUUGCCAACUUGAUCUACGGAACUGGUAUGGGUCUGGGAGGUAUCUUCGGUGGCCUCAUGAACGACAAUCUCUCCUGGCGUUGGGCUUUCUACAUUCAAGUACCUUUUAUCGUCAUUGCUGGUCUGCUUGGCUGGUUCUUCAUCGAUAUCCCCGUCAAGGAGGGUAAUGCGAAGGAGCGUAUUAAGAGAGUGGACUUCCUCGGUGCCAUCACUUUGUGUACUGCUCUUGUUCUCCUGCUUCUUGGACUCAACAGCGGUGGUAAUAUCGUCCCUUGGAACCACCCCCUGGUCUACGUCAGUUUGCCUCUGUCUGGUGUUGCGCUUGCAGCAUUUGUUUACAUUGAAGACAGAGUCGCAAAGGAGCCUGUAAUUCCUGUUCGUCUGCUCCUCCACCGCACCGUGGCUUCAGCAUGUUUGACCAACUGGUUCCUCACCAUGGCCGUCUAUGCGCUUUUCUACUAUGUCCCAAUCUACUUCCAAAUCGUUCAAGGACUUUCCGCAACAGCAGCUGGCACAAGACUAGUCCCUCAAUCCAUCGGCACAGCCUGUGGCUCUCUAGGUGCUGGUGUGAUCAUGCGUGCCACAGGACGCUACUGGUGGCUAUCAACAGCCGCGCUGACAAUGUAUAUCAUCGCAGCCAUCCUCAUCGCAACAACCUUCAAUGAAAACGUCAUUGGCGUUCUACCCUUCGUCUGGCUCUUCUUCUCCGGUAUGGCAUAUGGCGCCAUGCUUACGGUCACCCUCCUUGCUCUCCUCUCAGCAGUCGGCCACGAGCAUCAAGCCGUCAUCACCUCUGCCUCCUACGCUUUCCGCUCAACCGGCUCUACCAUCGGCAUCACCAUCGCCUCUGCAGUCUUCCAGAACAAACUCUCCCACGGCCUCUACGAGCGCUUCGGUCACCUUCCCGGCUCUGCAGACGUCAUCUCCCGCAUCCGCGAUGAUGUCGGCGAUAUCUCUUUCCUACCCCCUGGCUGGGAAGCAGGUGUCAGAGAUACGUACAUUGAGAGUUUGAGAGCCGUAUGGGUUGUCAUUGUGAUUAUGGCUGGUAUUGGCGGUGUGGUCAGUUUAUUCAUGAAAGAGCAUACUUUGCAUAAUAAAUUGAAUAGGAAGUGAGAAAAGCAGGAGGAGAGAAAAGUAUUUACUGGUUGUCAUACUACUGGCUUUGAGGAUUUCGACAAAGCAUAUUGGCGUUUUGUGGUGGUGGUGAUUAGAAUAGAUAGAUCCUGCAAAGGCGAACUUGAUACUACAACCUGGGGCUUCUACAUAAAAUUGAUGAUGUUUUCAUGUUAUGGGAGAGCGAGGGAAGAGUUACCGUGAAAUGUGGCAAGGAAAACAGCAACCACCAGGAAGAAAGAAGCAAUCUAGAGUUGACCGAAGGAAGGACCCGAAAGGCUUAACCAUUAUCAAAAGAACAUAAAUAUAAAGACAGAUAGGAGGUGACAACCCUUUACACUUGAACAAAAAGCAACGACGCCG